UUUUUUUUUUUUUUCCUCCUCUCUCUCCAGGAAAAAUGUUUUCAUUAGGUGACUGAGAUUUUGUGGGACAGGACUGCUGUAAAUGAGGCAUAUGCCACCAUUCAGAGUGGCGGCCAAACACAAGGAGUUUGGCCACACACACUUCCGACAUAAUUAUAGAGUUAGAACGUAGCUCAAGAUGCCACUUCUAAAACGUGUGGUGUCACCCGUGCAUGUGUCACGGGUGCCUUUAGUGGAAGAGUUGGUGACCGAUGAACAUGGGAAGGUGUACCCAGCAUUGUUCCCUGCCACUAAUCAACCACAAGACUUGGAAUCAUUCACCAAUUUAACACUUGCAAAUUUGAUUACUCAACUUUCUUCACUCUCUCGAUAUGCCGAAGACUUGUUUGGUGAAAUGAUCGCGGAAUCGACUUCAAUACUAAACAGAACAGUAUCAUUACAAGGCAGGGUAGAUAAGCUGUCAGUUAAGGUCAAGAACUUAGACAGCAAUGUAGAGGAAGUUUCGUUGCAAGAUAUCCAUAUGCGAAAAGCAUUCAAGUCAUCAACCUUGUUUGAUCAGCAAGUGGUCUCAAGAGACACAGUACCAGCACCAAUGUUAGAAACAUACCAGACUUGUGAACAACCACCACCUUUACACGAGUUGAAUCCAUACAGGGACGAUGGUAAAGAUGGUCUUAAAUUCUACACUGACCCAUCAUACUUCUUCAAUCUUUGGAAAGAAGAGAUGACCCAGGAAACUGAAAGGUUGAAACAUGAUAAGAAGCAGAAGCAUGCACACGCAGGGGACCAUCGAAAUGAGCCUAGUAAACCUAAAAGUGAUGGCCGUAAUAGCAAAACUAGGAAAAUGCCUCGUCAAGCUGGCAACACUAGGGAAAGGCACAAGCAAAUGGCUAUUGCCCAGGGUGAAUACAUAGGAAAAGAGGGUCAGUACAGACCACCUAUGAAUCAAAUCAAUGAGGGUAUUUGUGAUCAGCCAGUUGGAAUUAAUCCUGCAGACGGUAGACCUCUUCGACCCAACAGCAUAGAGCUUCGAGGCCAUCAUGGCAAUGCAUAUGCUGGGGAAGCAAUCUGUGGCAAUAGUGUACACCCACAUGCUUACUCUCCAACUCAUGAUAUUGGUCAGCCAGUUUCAUCUGUUGAUGCGCAAGGGUAUCCACCGCCAUACCAAGACCAAUACCCUGGUUAUCCUCCUCCUCCCUAUACCCCUGAUGGGGCUGGUUCACAGGGUAGCACACCUAUUCGAAAUGCAGCACAGCGUCCUUCUAAUCGACCUCUUCAGCCUCCUCCAGCUCCACCAAGUGACAACAAUACACCUACACCACCUGGAGGAUCACAUAGUGGUACACCAACUCGAUCCCGUGGUCCUUCACAGGGUCGUGAAUUAUUACCGCCCCCACCACCACCACCUCAACAACCUGUGUCUCAUGUUGGAUUGUCAAGAGGUUCGUCUUUGAAUCAAGAGCAGGAAUCUCAUACUCAAAACAACUUGCCACUUCCACCACCAACUCCUGAUAAAACUGAACCUGAGCCCCCACCACCAUCCCCACCACCACCUCCGCCAGUUGCAGGCAUCCCACUUCCUGGUGGAGGCUUACCACCUCCACCACCACCUCUGCCUCCUGUGCCCAAUGGAAAUGCUCCUGGAGCUCCUCCUCCUCCUCCAAUGCCCAUGCCAAAUGGUGUCAUCAAGCAGACUGUUCUAGCAAAACCUAAAAAGAUAGAGAAGAAGAUUGUUCCUCAUGUGGAAACUGAUGGAAGGAGUGACUUACUGAAAGCUAUUAGAGAAGGUAUCAAGUUGAGGAAGGUGGAUGAUGUGAAAACCAGACCAAAAGAAGAUCCAGAUAGUGUUGAUGUGGCUUCAAUUCUUCAGAGGAGAUUUGCAUUUGAAGUGAGCGAUAGUGAAACCUCUUCAGAUACAGAGAGUGAUAGUGAUGAGUGGGAUGAAACCAGCGCUUAGGAAGGUGAAUACCAAUAAUUUGUGGCUUUCCCUCUGACAGUGUUCCUCCAUUCUUAUUUAAUCAAGUAGUUCUUGGCUAUCAUACCAGUAUAACUUAGACAGAAAGAAGUUGCAUUUCAUGUAACUAUAGUAUGAAUAUUAAUUUCAUCAGCAUUGUAUCAAAACUAUUUUAGUAUUGAAAUUUGGAAGGUACAAGAUAUAUAACAUCUUGUAAUAUUAUUCAGGUGGAAUAAAUGCCAAUAACAGGCAGAGGGCAAAGCUUGGAGCAUUACCUGAGAUUGGUUUUAUAAGGUUUAACAUUAGAGUUUGUGUAAAUCCUGCCUAAGGAUGUUAAAUAUUGUUCAGAUUGCCCUCUUGUUUGACAACUUCAGAAUGAUUUUGAAAAUUUUAAUGUUAAAUCUUGUGAGAGAUUGUCGUCACAAAAUAUUAAUUGCCUGUUGCAGAAUAUUUCUAUAUCCUGUUAGCUGUUCAUCUUGCACUUCUUGGUGUUAAUACAGUUUUUGGUUGUGAUUCCUUUCUAUCAUAGUGUAUUUUGUGAGCCUUUUCAGCCUUUUGAGAGUGUUUGGCAUCUCCAUCCUGUGGGAACCUCAUGUAUUUAGGGUUCUAAAGAGUGUUCUUUUGUAGAACAAAUGUUGAUUGCUAUUCAUCUAAAUUUAUUAGUCUAAUAUUGUUAAAAGUUGUAGUUUUCUGUAAGAUAGCAUAGUUUUGUCUUUUUAUUAGAUCUUUAAACUUGGGAAAGUUUCCUUUCUUGAUUGCCAUCUUAUUAUUUUAACAAGCUUUAAUUGUUAAUUUUAACUUCUUUGGUUUGGUUACUUUGUUUUCUAUCUUUUAGUUAUUCUAUCACCAUACUUGAGAAGCAUUCACUUAUCUUUUAUUAGUGAAACUUACUUUUUUUUUCUUACAUGAAGACUUGGUUGUAUAUUUGGUGAUAUUGAAAAAGUAUUUUUUAUACCACUUAAUCUUGUGGUGUAUAUAUUUUUUUUGAAGCAUCUUUUGGAUUUUUGCAAACCUCAGAAAACUUCUUCACCAUGUCUAUGCUAAAAAAUAAUUUUUGAGGUUUUCUACUGAAAUAAUUUUCUGGAAGCUUUGUUAUAGUGUCAUAUUCAGCGACAGGCAGUAUGAAGUUGGUACUACAUUCAGUAAAUAGCUUUAUCGAUAUUAGUACAUCAAAGCCAGUAGGCACGUAACACAUUCCUACAGUUGUAAUUUAUUAAUUUCUUUAUAGAUAAUUUCCUAAAACCUAACGUUUCCCUGAAUGGCUCUGUGAAAUCUGUUCAUUUGGAACAAGCAAGCAUUCAGGGAAUGUAAGAACAUCUUACAGUAUGUAAUAGCUUCUUGCUUUAGAAAGUGCCCCUUUUCCUGCCAUCUGGUGGAAUAUUAUUCCUUCUUCUGUCAUAAGCAGCCCUGGGGAUUGUAAGAAAGAACUACUUGAAUCAGGAGUGACUGGAACUUGAAAAGAGCCUGUUUAUGAUAAAAGAAAACUUUUUUUGUAUAUUUGAUGUGUAUUUUUAAAGAUACAGUCAAAGCUGAAACUUGGGACCGUGUGAAAUGUUGGAUGUGAUAUUAAUAAAUCCAUGUUUUGUUGUUUAAGUGAAAAUGAAAGAACAUGUAAAUUGUAGAACUGCUUUUAAGGUGUAGCUGAAACCAAUUUUGUAGUCAGAAAUCUUUUUCAUUCUUAGGGCAAUAUUCACCUGUGACUUCAUGCAGUUUUGUUAAUUAUCUUAUGUCAUAUAUAAAUAUAUAUAUAUAUAUAGCCAUACUAAGCUCACAUUUAGUCUCAAAGUAAACCUAUGGAGUGAGAAAAGGCACUUUGCCUGUUGAGAGUUUGCCUCUUUCUUGCACUGAUGCUGGAGAGGCAGUCAAUGAAGAAUCGUACUAAAGGAAUUGAAAUACUUUAUACUGAAAUAUGUCAGCUGUAUGUUUCUUCAUCCUAUUUUGUAGUCCCCCACUAAACUGUUUUGUGGUAAGGUCAAGGUCACUGUUCAUAAUCUUUUCACUAAAGAAAUGAGGGAAACUGCUGUGUUCACAAGAAUUCCUGUAAUAUAUUAACAAUAAUUACAAUUAUAAUAUUGCAGUAAACUCUUAAUUUACCAUUCAUUUAUUUUAUGAAGGCCGUCAGUGGGGGAAAUUUGUAUAUAUGAGUGCAGGUGCAUUAAAAGUAAGUGUAUCAUACAUUUAACUGUUUCUUUGGAAAAGAAAUGAAGCUAAAGAUUAUGAUUUAAGAACAGUUUGUAUAUAUCUACCCAUGGAGAAGUUAAAAUUGGUCACAAUGUUUUUAUUACUGUGCAUUAUGCAUAUACUAAAUGGCUUUUGUAUGCUCUGUGAAAAUGAAUUAUACUGUCUUUUUGCUAGAUUAAGGGUUUACUGUAGUAUCUUGUAUAUGCUUCAUUUAUGUGAUAUCCCGAUAGCCUAUUUUGUCUGUGCUAAGACCAUUAGUUGCUUAAUUGUUCAUGGUUAUACUUUUUUUUCCAAAGAUCGGACAAUUUAUAUAUAUAUAAAAUAUAUUAUAUUUGUAGACUCUGGUAAAUUACCACCAGGAAUAUAAUGAGGACAUUAUUUUCCUAACCUAAUGAAGUGUAGGACAAAACUUGUUUGCGUAAGUACUUUUUCUAUGAAGAUCAUAUGCGUUGUUGUCCUAUGCACAAGAAAAUUAUCUUUUAACAUAACAGAACUUGUACAUUUUCUGUCUUACUUAAUACUACUGAAAAUCUGUGGCAGUGUUCAGUUUACAUACUAGUCAGUUUUCAUUUAGAAACGAGUUCCUCUUCUUAAGAUGCUCUUAGAAUGUUAGCAUCAGCUUUCACAAAAUUUCAGCAAAAUUUGUAAUGUGAGCAUACUGUAAAUAUUGCCUUGGAAAUGUCCUUAUGGCUCUACUUGAUUUUGUUCCAAAGAAUGUCACAUUAAAAGAAAAUUGAAAGUGGGGUUGGGUUCAGAUGGUGACUAGUUAGCUUUUUGGUACCUUCUAAACUGGCAGUGAAGUGCAUUCAGUAGUAAUUACCACCUUACCAUCUGUCCCUUAACGUUUAUCCUCUGUUAUUUGUUACUUAAGUAUAUCUGUCUGCGAGAAGACAUUAAGAAUUUGCAAGGGCAGCAGUAGGCUGUUUGUUUUUUUUUAUUUUUAUUAUCUUCCCCAGUCCCAUAGAAGAGGAACAGUGAAGAUGCAUGUCUUUGUGGUGUUUUAGUCUUCUGUCCUCUGAUCCUCUUUACUUGAAUUUCAAUGGUGAGAUCGUUUUUGCAAUGUCUGGUCUUUUCCCUAGAGUAAUUCACCCAAUUUACUAAUGUGGUUUCCCAUCUUAACUGAUAGUCUUGGAAUGUUUUGUUUAUAUGGGUAUUCAUUUCAAGUUGGUGUGGGUUUUAUUUUUAUCAUCAUCAUUACUACUGCAUCAGUAUUAUGUGAACUUCUUAGGUUUAUUGGCAGUGAAUUUUUCUUUUUGAAAAUUCCAAAGGCAUUAAAUCCAUUGGGAAAAUGCUAUGAUUCAAGUAUUUCCUGAGUGGUAGUGAAUGGAGUCGUUAAACCUUUAUUUUUUAUUAUUUCACUUAGGUACAAUUUAUUGUUAAUGUAAGAUAGAAUAUUGCUGUUAGCAUCAAUGACUUAUCAACAGAAGUAACCUGAGUGUGUCCUCUUAUGCACAUACUUUCAUCUUAUGGUAAGAAAUAGGUACAGUGUCACGAAUACUCAAGGAAGGUGCUUAAAACGUGGAAGAUUUUUAAAGGUUGCUAUGCAUUUUUCGUAUUCCUAAAAAUGAAGUACCUUUGAAAAUUUGAUAAGAUUUCCUCAGAAGUCAAACUUCAUUAACAUCACUAAUCUAGCUAGCCCCAUAUUAUUGCAAUCUGGAGCUAUUUGGUGUAGAAUAAUUAUGCCAGUCUAGCGUGUGAGUAUCAAAUUCUAGUUUUCUCAUCUUUUAUGUUACUAUGUUUGGCUCCCAAAAUCUGUAUUUUAGUCUGAAAUAUUUCAAGACAUGAAUAGGAUUGAUCAGUUAUUUACUUUUGUUUUUUCCCUUAUUCACACCCAUUUAAUAUGACCUACACUCAUGACCUAUCUAUUUCCUGUAUGUAAACAGUGGCAUUUGUCUCUUCUGAUCUGUUCUGGAAAAAGUUCUUGUGUGACAAAUGAUAUACUUGUUCUGUUGUUUUAUAUAGCAAAUGUAAAAGGGUGUUGCAUUAAUGUUCAAGUAAGCACUUGAGCUGAGGCUUCGAUUCCUUGGCCAUAUAAAAAAUAACUUUUCCUUCCAUUGACUGGCAAGUUUCACUUUUUGUCUGGAUUGGAAGGCUGAAUAUGGAUUAAUCUAAAAAGCAAAGUAUAGAAAUAUAGCAUUCCUACUUUUAAAAGAAUGUAUAAUUUUGUCUUAACCCACAAGUCCACAGAACUUUGACUUAGGAUUAAUGGUAAAUAUACCCACAACAGAAUCUUUUAUUAUUGCAGCAUGUGCAACCCAGCCCUGAAAUUUAGGGAAUCUAGUUAUGAUUAUGAAUUGAAGUUUUUUGCGAUUUAAUUUUAUUUACAUAUUUUAAGUGGAUAGCUGUCAAAAAGUAAUUUUGUUAGCGUCCAUUAUUUGAUAGUGGUUGUAGUUUGGGUGUGAUUGUUGGUAUUCUAUUACUACAUUUGGCACAAUUCAGUUCAAUUUCAUUUGCAAUCCAUUUUAUAAGUAUCAUUUAUGUAAUCGGUUUUUUAGCUUAGCUUCUCUAGUCAGUUACGCAAUGACUUAAUAGGGUUUGUAUUUACUUGUGUAUUUUGUGUACCCUCUACUUUAAAGUAGUUAGUUGGAAUGUGAACAUUGGUAGCUAGCUAGCAUCCUGAUUACUUUUUUCCCAAAGGUUUAGCUUGAUAAAUUUCUUGGUGAACUCUAACCUUCGUCAUUUUCAUUUUAACACCUUUACCCUGGACUGCGAGGAGCCAGAUUUUGUUAAUCGAUAGUUUUCCUCAUAUUUUAACUAUGAUUCCUGGAUGAGAAAACUAGUGUGAUACAGCCUCUACUUACAUUUUUACAUUCGGGUUUGCUUUACACUCAUAGUGUUACUUCUGUAUGUGUAUGCUACAGAUGAUAGCCAUAAACUGGUAUUUCAUCUUUUUAUUUUUCUGUAAUUUCGCACAAUUUAUUAAUGAUUUCUUUAAUGUGCUAUUGACGUUAUAUAUAUUUUAUGAAUGAAUAGGUAAAAAGUAAAUUUCAGUUUAGUAAAUGGUAUAUGUAUUCAUUUUAUUUAAUAGGCUCAAAAAACCUUUAUAAUAAAUGAGAUUUCCUGGAGUUUACUUUUGAAUAAAAAAAAUUUUUUUAAGAAUGUAAUAAAUGUUCUCAUUAUA